CACGUCCAGCUGGAUAGCAGACCUACAUUAACCACCACAGAUGGAAAUCAGAACAUCACAGAAGUAGAUGCACUGGAUAUAAGACAAACACUUGAUCCUGCAGUGCAAUACAAAAUGAACCAUCAAAGAAGAGGAGUUGCAUUAAUCUUCAAUCACGAGCACUUUUUUUGGCAUUUGAGGCUGCCAGAUAGACGUGGGACCCUUGCAGACAGAAACAAUCUGCAACGCAGUUUGACAGACCUUGGAUUCGAAGUCAGACAUUUUGAUGAUCUGAAAGCAGAAGACGUGCUGCAGAAAAUUUAUGAAGCCUCUAAGGAUGACCACAGCAAUGCUGACUGCUUUGUUUGUGUGUUCCUGAGUCAUGGUGAGAAUGAUCAUGUUUAUGCAUAUGAUGCCCAAAUCAGAAUUGAGACAAUCACAGACAUGUUCAGAGGAGACAAGUGCCAAAGUCUGGUAGGAAAACCGAAGAUAUUUAUCAUUCAGGCAUGUCGAGGUGAUAAACAUGACGAUCCAGUUAUUGCUCAGGAUUCAGUAGAUGGUAGUGAUGAAUCCGUUGUCAAUGAGACCGAAGUGGAUGCAUCUGGUGUCUACACCCUGCCUGCUGGUGCAGACUUUAUCAUGUGCUACUCUGUGGCGCAAGGUUACUUUUCUCAUCGUGAAACUGUAAACGGCUCCUGGUACAUUCAGGAUUUGUGUGAGGAACUUCAGAAGCACGGCUCUUCCUUGGAGUUCACAGAACUGCUUACUGUUGUUAACAGGAAAGUAUCACAUCGCAGAGUGGAUGUGUGCAGAGACAUUAAUGCUAUAGGAAAAAAACAGAUUCCCUGUUUUGCCUCAAUGUUAACUAAAAAAUUGUAUUUUCAUCCAAAAUCGAAGUAG